UCUGUCGAUAAAAACAUUAACUCACCAUUUGAAAUAACACAGAAAAUGUUAAAACUAGAAGCUUUUUCAGACCUUAAACGUGAUAUGAUAGACCAAACUAUGGAUAAUUUCCUGAAAAACGUCACGUCAUUUAUGUUUGUAAGGGAUCCGUAUGGUCGCUUGUUUUCAGGCUAUGAACACAAGUUAUAUAAUCCAAAUUUAUCAUUUUGGAAAUCGUAUGGAAUGAAAAUCGUCAGAUCACUGAGGACAAAUCCAUCUAAUAUGAGUCUAAAAUUUGGACAUGAUGUAACCUUUGCGGAAUUUGUGAAAUAUGUUUUAUUACAGAAAGACAAUAAUCAGGUCAUAAACAGACACUUCACACCCAUGCAUCAGAAAUGUGAUCCUUGUAAAUUUCCAUAUGAUUACAUCGGACAUCUUGAAACAUUUAAAGACGAUACUGAAUACCUGUUUAAUAAGUGGAGAAGAAAGUUUCCCGACUUUAACAUUCACUUUAAUAACUUUGAAAAGGAAACUGUUUUAGACACUGCCGGAAGUCUAAUCCGAAGAUUAUUUAACACGUAUAAUAAAAUCAAAAGCGAAUUUGAAUACCCAUUGUAUAAUUUAGUUCUCAGAGUGUGGAGUGACCUUCAAAUCCGAGGUUAUCUAUCUAAAGAUAUCUCCCUUCCAUUUGAAAAGCAAGACAUGGAAACAAUAACUGCUGAAAGUAUGCUGAAAGCUGUGUCGGAUGCUUUGAAAAUACAAGUGAAUCAUACUGCAGUAAAACUACAGCGACAAGAAUCAUUGCAACAAGCUUACAGUACUGUGUCCCCAGAAGAUAUGGAACGACUGCAUGAAUACGUCCUGAAAGAUUGUCAAUUAUUUGGUUACGACGACAGACCAAAGUUGCUGUAUGAGACAGGAGAGCUUUUAGAAAGUAAACAUACAUACCUUGCCGGUAUUUAAAGGAGCAAUUUGAUUUGACUUGAUUUAUACUUGUUCGUCGUAUGCGAUGUGAAUUUAUCCUGACAUAUAUUAUGUCUAAUUCAUGUAAACCAUUUAAUUCUCAUAUUGAGAACGAUGUUGAUUAUGAUGAAAGGAAC